AGACUUUAGAGAAGCUUUGGCUAAAAUCCAAGAGGCUCAAGACAAACAAGAAGAGUCCUGCAAUAUGAAAGAAGAAGACAAUGAGACUAAGAAAGUGGUGAGUGAGAUGGAGCAAUUGAAGGAGCAACUCCAAGCCCGAGAGUCAGCACUACUAAGAACAGAGGUGGAAAAGCUCAGGUGGUCUGAGAGACUUCAGGACAGUCGCGAUGACAUGAACUCUGUAGCCAAGGAGAGAGAUGACCAACAGAGGCUGCAAGAAGUUAUUCUGUCAGAAAGUGACCAACUCAAAGGAAACAGAGAAAUAAUGGCUAAACACCUAGAAAGUGAAGAGGAACUUGGAUUUGCUCGUGGUCACCUGAAAGAACAGGAGGAAACUAUUGCUAAGCUGAGAGAGAAUCUUUCAGAGAGAGGAACCGAACUGUCGACCUCUCAAAAGGAAUUAGAAACAACCAAUGAAGAAUUACAGAAAAAGAUCCAAGAGUUUCAUGAGGAACAGGAACAGUUUAUUAGCAUCGAAGAAAACAGUGAGACUCAGGAAAAAAUGAGUGAACUGGAACAAUUAAAGGAGCAACUCAAAGCUGAAGAGUUGUCCCUACGAAGUAUAGAAGGCGAGAGGCUUGAGUUGACUGAGAGACUUCAGGAAAGUCAAGAAGAAAUAAAAGUUAUAAUGAAGGAAAGGGAUGAACUGAAAAGGGUACAAGAGGCCCUUCAAAUGGAGAGAGACCAACUCAAAGAAAACAUUAAAGAAAUUGUAGCUGAAGGACAAAAAAUGAAAGAGGAACUGAAAACUACUUAUGUUCUUCUGAAGGAGUACCAAGAAACCAUUAGUACAAGGAAUAUUUCAGAGAAGACAGAUCAAGGAGCAAAUAUUCAGAGAGAUUUAGAAAAUUCAGAUGCUGAAUUACAGGAAAAGAUUCAAGAACUUCAGGAAGAAGAAUAUCAGCUUCUUAAGAUGAAAGUUGUCAGUGAGAUUCAGGAAAAAAUGUGUGAAAUGGAAUACUUGAAGAAGCAAUCUGAGGCUCAAAAGUCAACUCUGGAAAAUAUAGAAAUGGAGAACGUAAGGUUAACUCAGAGACUCCAAGAAAACCUUGAAGAAAUGAGAUGUGUUACAAAAGAAAGAGAUGACCUUAGGAGUGUGGAGGAGACCCUCAAAGUAGAGAGAGACCAGCUCAAGGAAAACCUCAGAGAGACCAUAACCAGAGACCUGGAAAAACAAGAAGAACUCAAAAUUGCUUACAUGCAUCUGAAAGAACACCAAGAAACUAUUGAUAAACUCAGAGAAGUUGUUUCAGAGAAGACAGAUGAAAUAUUAAAUAUGCAAAUACAUUUAGAAAACACAAAUACUGCCUUAAAAGCACAGAUCCAAGAACUUCAGGAGAAAGAACAUCAACUUCUUAAGGCAAAAAAUGAUCUCAAGGAAAAUAUGCAUCAAACAGAGCAAUUGAAGAAGCAAUUAGAGGCCCAGAAUUCAACUCUGGAAACUAUAGAAACAGAGAAGUUCAAAUUGACUCAGAAACAUCUUGAGAACCUUGAAGAAAUAAAACUUGUUGCUAAGGAAAGAGAUGGCCUCAGAAGAGUGGAGGAAACCCUCAGAACGGAGCGAGAGCAGCUCAGGGAAAGCCUGCGAGAGACGGAAGCUACAAAUCUGGAAAAACAAGAGGAACUAAGAAUUGCUCACAUGCAUCUGAAGGAGCACCAGGAAAUUAUUGAUAAACUCAGAGGGAUUGUUUCUGAGAAGACAGAUGAAAUAUCAAAUAUGCAGAUGGAUUUAGAAAAUUCAAACACUAAAUUACAAGAAAAGAUCCAAGAACUUAAGGCAAAUGAACAUCAGCUUUUUAAGUUAAAAGAAGAUGUCAGUGAGACACAGAAAAAAAUGUCUGAGAUAGAGCGAUUGAAGAAACAAUUCAAGGCCCAAAGUUUAACUCUCGAUAAAAUAGAAAUGGAAAACUUAAACUUGGCUCAGAAACUUCAUGAAAAUCUUGAAGAAAUGAAAUCUGUAAUGAAAGAAAGAGAUAAUCUAAGAAAAGUGGAAGAGGCACUCAAACUGGAGAGAGACCAACUGAAGGCAAACCUACAAGAAACCAUAGCUAGAGAUCUGGAAACACAACAAGAACUGAAAAUUGCUCGUAUGCAUUUGAAAGAACACCAGGAAACUAUUGAUAAAUUCAGAGAGAGAGUUUCAGAAAAGACAACCCAGAUUUCAAAUAUUCAAAAGGAUUUAAAUAAGGCAAAAGAUGAAUUACAGGAAAAG